UAAAAAUAACUAUCGAACAUUAAUCGAUUGUUGGGAGAGCUGUGAAGCCGACGAUUUUACGUCAAAAGCGAAAUAAGUUUAUUUAACGUACGAAAAAGCUAAGCAUAAUGUCAGCAAAGGCAGCUUUACCUCUGCAAAUGUUUGGCCGGCGACUCGUCCACCUGCGGUCAUCGGUCACUUCCCAAAAUAUGAGUGCCCUCCGUUUGUACAGCACAGAGAAACAGCCGGAAGAAACGGCGGAGCAGAAGGCCACCGAAUCCUCGCCAGAAGUGGAGAAACUCACCAAGGAACUGGCCGCCGCCAAGGAGCAGAAUGCCGAGCUACUGGACAAAUACAAGCGUUCGCUCGCCGACAGCGAAAACAUGAGGAACCGACUGAACAAACAGAUCAGCGACGCCAAGAUCUUUGGCAUCCAGAGCUUCUGCAAGGAUCUGCUCGAGGUGGCGGACACCCUGGGACAUGCCACACAGGCGGUGCCCAAGGAUAAGCUCAGCGGCAAUGCUGAUUUAAAGAACCUGUACGAGGGCCUCACCAUGACGCGCGCCUCGCUGCUGCAGGUGUUCAAGCGACACGGACUGGAGCCACUGGAUCCCAUCAACCAGAAGUUCGACCCCAAUCAGCACGAGGCGCUGUUCCAGAAGGAGGACAAGACCGUCGAGGCCAACACCGUGGUGGAGGUGACCAAGCUGGGCUACAAACUGCACGAGCGUUGCAUACGCCCGGCUUUGGUGGGCGUGUCGAAGUGUUGAUAGCCAUGCGGCUGCCCAGAGGCAUGUGUAAAUUCCCAGUACCCCCUCCUAAACCAAUUUACAUGGCGUGUGUCUCUCAGUUGUUUGCAAUUUGUUUUCCGCUGCAAAAUUCAUGUACGUAAACCCUGUGUAAAUACAACCUAUCCCACAAACGCAUCCUUCGGGCAAAGCUUGCGAAUUUAGAAUUCCUCCUAGUUUCUAAGAGAUCUGUGACUGGAUUUGAUGGCCACAAUUUGUACCACACGCGUGGCCAUCGAGUGUUCCACUUUAAGGUUUAAUUACGAUAAUAAAACAUGUUUUAGUUUGUUGAAAUAUA